AUGAAGCUGGAGAACGAGAAUCAAUGGAACUUAUGUUGGGCAAGACCGCCAAACUCAGAUGCGGAAUGGACACAAUGGACAGCUAUGCUACAUCAACUCAAUAAGGUGAAGUUUAAAUCAGGAGAAGAUAAGUGGAAGUGGAAGACUAGCGAUAAAGGAGAGUUCACAGUCGCGGCCAUUAGAAAUCAAAUAGCAAGACAGGAUAGAGCUGGAUCGGAGGAGGAAUGGAAAUAUUGGAAUAUGUGGGUACCGCCGAAAGUAAAUUAUUUUACGUGGAGAGCAUCGAUCGAGAGGAUUCCGGCUAAGAAGGAACUAAUCAAGCGAAGGAUUCCAAUUAACAACCACUUAUGUUCAAGAUGUGAGGCAUAUGAGGAAACCGCUGACCAUGUUAUUUGCGGUUACAGCUUAUCAAAAUCAAUAUGGAGAAACAUAGUUGUUUGGCUAAAGCUACCAAGAUCAACCGAAUUCCGUGAAUGUAGGGAUACCUUAGAGUAUGUUAACGAUCUUCCAGGAUCAAAGGAGUGGAAGAGAGUCAUCAAUGCAGUGUUUCAAACAACCAUGUGGAACAUAUGGAAGGCUCGGAAUGAAAAAGAGUUCGAAGGUAACACCCGAUCUGGAAAUAGCAUAGUUGAAUCAACAAUGGCAGAUAGUUUCAUUUGGUUAAAAAGUAGAUCGAAGUUUCAAGAUAUAGUGUGGGAGAGAUGGGUGGAUUUUAACAUGCGAGACAUAGUGAAAUAG